AUGGUGAAUUAUCUGAUUUUUUUGCCGGUUGGUAAUAAUCCAUCUAAACCAAAUUGGCGUAGCAAUUAUCCAUCUGAUCCAAAUUGGGGUUCCGCAAUGCCAACAAUAACUUGGCAAGUAUAUCGACACUAUAGUGAUGUUCAAACAUUGAAAGAUUAUUAUGAUCAUAUUGUUGCAUAUGUGAAAUAUCUUCAUGGUAUUUACAAUGCAACAGGUCUUGCUAAUUUUACUGUUCGAUUUGGUGAUUGGAUUCCACCACCACCAGAGCCUAUGACAAAUGGAAGUCUAAUUGGAUCAUUUGGUUUUCUUCGUGAUGUCAACCUUUUAAUCAAUAUGUCUCAAAAUUUUUAUGCGGAUGGAAUGCAAGCAGCACAAGUAUUAGCUUUAGCAUUACCCGAUGUUAUACCGGCAAAUGUUCGAGGUGCAGUUAUCAAUCAACUCAUUACUGAUAUCAAUCAAAAAGGUAAUCAUAUGACAACAGGUAUCGUAUCAACAGCUCAAAUUUAUCCAAUACUUUCGGACAAUGGACAUCAUGAUUUGGCACUUGAAUUGAUAUCAUCGACAACUUAUCCAUCCUAUGGUUAUAUGUUCAACAAUCCUUACGAAAAUGCUACUACUACAUGGGAACUUUGGAAUACACCAUUGACAGGACCUGCUAUGAACUCUCAUAAUCAAGCUAUGUAUGGUAGUGUUGGUGCAUGGUUUUAUUCCCAUUUAGCUGGUAUUGAUCUUUCAUCAAACAUGAUUACUAUUCGACCUCGAAUGGCUUCUGAGAGUAAAAAACACAUUAUGUCAAAAUUAGAUUGUCAAUUGAGCACAUUAUAUGGUCUCGUUCAUGUUUCCUAUACGCGUGAUGAACGUGAUACUAUUUCCAAUUCAAUUUUACUUCGUGUUACUAUACCACCAAAUGCACAAGCUCGUGUUAUAUUUGAACCAUUAUUUGUUGGUGGACAAUAUAAAACAUUGAUCGAAGGUAAUAAAGUUAUUUGGUCAUCGGAUUUCGAUACUAUGAAUGUUUAA